AUGUUACUUAUCAAGGGACUUGUUGUAAGAAGUAGCCUUACCCCAUUAAUAUCACCUUAUAGAAACAAUGCUAAUCGUGCAGUAUUCACUCGUAUCCAUCGACGAAUUUACAGUCGUACUUAUCCAGUUAACUUAGUUUAUCCUAAUGGUGGCUACAUUCGCCUUAGAUUUCAUGAACCUCGAGUGAUGCUUCAGAUCCCUGUUGAUUUGGAUGAGUGUUCACCAGAAGAAAAGCAGAAACGUAUUUUAAGACGUCAUCCUCGUUCAAAGCUAAACUUACAGGAGCAAUUAGAAGAUACUUUUGAUCAAGAAGCUUACAGUUUUCUUUUCAAAAAGAAAUAA